AUGUUGAAAAAUUUCAAAUUAUCCAAGAGAAAUAGCGACUCUAAAGGAAGAAUCACUUCUUUGGAUAUUUCCACUCCAACUAAUUUAUCAGAACCAAGUAUAGAUGCUUCAUUCAAUAUGAAGAACGGUUCAGGUCUAUAUGGUACCGAAUCUGGAAAAUCUUCAAGUAGAUUAUCUUCCUCAUCGAAAAGGUUAUCCUCAAAAAGUAAACAUUCAUCUCCAAUAAAGGGCACUUCAGCAGUUGCCUCAGGUCCUGAUAGAGUCAUUAAGGCUUUACAUCAUUAUAAUGCAAAAUCGAGUAAAGAACUUUCUUUUGGUAGAGGUGACUUCUUUUAUGUUACCAGUGAUAGAGGUGAUUGGUAUGAUGUAACAAAUCCUGCUGCAGGAAAGAGUGGAUUAGUACCGAAAUCUCUUUUCGAAGUAAUAGAUAAAAGAUCUUCGUCUACAUCUAGUAUGGGCAAUACAUCCUUGACAGGUUCACAGAAAGGAGGUAAAAAAUUUGGUUCUCUUUAUGCGAUUGUAUUAUAUGAUUUUAAAGCAGAAAAAUCAGAUGAAUUAACAGUACAUGUUGGAGAAAAUUUAUUCAUUUGUGCGCAUCAUAAUUAUGAAUGGUUUAUUGCUAAACCUAUAGGUAGAUUAGGUGGUCCAGGUUUAGUUCCUGUAGGUUUUGUAAGUAUUAUAGACAUUGCUACUGGCUAUGCAAGUGGUAAUGAAAUUGGGGAUGAUAUCGCUUCAGUGAAUCUUCCAACGGUUCAAGAAUGGAAAUCUAAUGUCGCAAAAUAUAAAGCAAGUAAUAUCACAUUAGGGCAAUUUGAAAGUGAUUAUAGUCAGGAUGUGGCUAUGUUUGAUGAUAUGAAUAACACGAUAUCUCAAACAAAUGAUGGAUUACCAGCAUUUGCUAGUGAAGCUGAUGAUUUGAAUACAGAUUAUUUGAUUAAUUCUGCAGUUUCUUCAUUCUCCUUUGAAGAUGAAAAAUAUUGGUAUGAAGUUAACUGUGAAUUAUCCAAUGGUAGGUUUAGAAAGUUAAAACGUUCAUAUCAAGAUUUUUAUGAUCUACAAGUUCAGUUAUUGGAUAAAUUCCCAGCAGAAUCUGGUAAAUUAAGGGAUAAACAUGGGCAAUGGACUAAGAGAAUUGUUCCUUAUAUACCGGGACCUGUUCCAUAUGUUACAGAUUCUAUUACACAAAAGAGAAUGGAUGAUUUAGAUGUUUAUGUCAAAGAAUUAAUUAAAUUACCAGAAUAUAUUUCCAAUUCGCCAUUAGUGAAUCAUUUAUUUAAAGUAACAGAUAAUGGUUAUGACACAGAAUAUAGCUCAGAAGUUCCAAGUCAAUCGGAACUUCAAGAUAUAGAUGAAAAUAAAUCUGAAGACCAUUUCGAUUCAGAUGGACCAAGACGUGUAUUAUCAUCAAGGAAGAGUAGCCGAGCAAGUAGUAAUAAUAGGAGAGUAAAAAAUGAGGAUAGCACUUUAACUGGUGAAGAUUUGAAGAUGUACAACAGACUAUCUAAAUUAUCUUUAAGCUCAUCAAAACCAAAAUCUAGACCACCAAGUGCAUUACCACCUGUAAUUAAACCAACUAAGAUUAAGUUUUAUUAUAAAGAUGAUAUUUUUGCACUAUUAUUAAACCACGAUGUAAACUUUAUUGAAUUACGUGAAAAGAUCGCACCAAGAGUUGAGAGUGAUGACUUUAAGCUAUAUGUUAAACUUGCUGAGGGUGAUGCUGAAGAAAUUAGAACGGACGCUCAAGUAUCUCAAAUAAUUCAGGCUAAAUUAAAGAUAUCUGUCCAUGACACUUAA